AUGAAAAGGGGGAAAUUGGAUACAAUGGUAUCACGAAACCGAAUUAGGUUGCUUCAAUUUCUUAUGGGGUUGGUGUUUUUCUAUCUGCUUUUCAUGAGUUUUGAAAUACCGCUGGUGUAUCGAACCGGAUAUGGGUCGGUGCCUGAUGAUGGAACAUUUGGAUUCACCAGCGACACUUUGCCGAGGCCGUUUCUGCUUGAAAGUGAAGAGGAAAUGGCUGAUAAAGACGCCCCUCGUCGACCCUCUGAUGAUACCUUUCUGGUUUCUCAUGGCUCGCCGCAUCGGACACCCGAGAGGCGAAUGCGUGAGUUCAAGAAAGUUUCGGGUUUAGUCUUCGACGAAAGCACAUUUGAUCGUAAUGCUAGUAAGGGGGAGUUCUCGGAGCUUCAUAAAGCGGUUAAACAUGCUUGGGUAGUGGGGAAAAAGCUUUGGGGGGACUUAGAGUCCGGCAAAAUUGUUCUCCAACCCAAAACGAAGACAGAGAAUCAGUCGGAGUCUUGUCCACAUUCGAUUACGCUUUCUGGAUCCGAAUUUGAGGCACAGAGUCGGAUUCUGGAGCUCCCCUGCGGCUUGACGCUCUGGUCGCAUAUCACUGUGGUGGGGACGCCUCGUUGGGCUCACUUGGAAGAUGAUCCCAAGAUUUCAAUCUUGAGGGAAGGGGAUGAUUCAGUGAUGGUUUCACAGUUUAUGAUGGAGUUGCAAGGGCUGAAGACGGUGGAUGGUGAAGACCCACCAAGAAUUCUUCAUUUCAAUCCAAGGUUGAAGGGAGAUUGGAGUGGCAAGCCUGUUAUCGAACAGAACACUUGUUAUAGGAUGCAAUGGGGCACAGCGCUGAGAUGUGAGGGAUGGAAAGCCAGGGCGGAUGAAGAAACAGUCGACGGGCAGGUAAAAUGUGAGAAAUGGAUUCGUGACGACGACAGCCAUUCCGAAGAAUCGAAGGUAAUAUGGUGGUUAAAUAGACUAAUAGGACGCACGAAAAAGGUGGCGAUCGAUUGGCCAUAUCCUUUCGCGGAGGGCAGGCUAUUUGUCCUAACUGUGAGUGCUGGGUUGGAAGGUUACCAUAUCAAUGUUGAUGGAAGGCAUGUCACUUCUUUUCCAUAUCGCACUGGGUUUGUUCUGGAGGAUGCCACUGGGUUGUCUGUAAAUGGCGAUAUUGACGUGCACUCCAUAUUUGCUGCUUCCUUACCUGCUACACAUCCUAGCUUUGCACCACAGAAGCAUGUUGAGAUGUCGACACAAUGGAAAGCCCCUUCACUUCCCAAGAAAAACGUGGAGCUUUUCAUUGGUGUUCUUUCUGCUGGCAAUCAUUUUGCGGAGCGAAUGGCUGUUAGGAAGUCUUGGAUGCAACAUAGAUUAAUCAGAUCUUCACUAGUUGUUGCUAGGUUCUUCGUGGCAAUGCACGGAAGAAAGGAAGUAAAUAUCGAGUUGAAGAAAGAGGCCGAGUAUUUUGGAGAUAUUGUCAUAGUUCCUUACAUGGAUAACUAUGACCUCGUUGUGCUGAAGACGAUUGCAAUCUGUGAAUAUGGGGUUCGCACGGUGGCUGCAAACUAUAUCAUGAAGUGUGACGAUGAUACAUUUGUUAGAGUGGAUGCAGUGAUUGAUGAAGCUCACGAAGUCCAAUCUGAUGGUGGGAGCCUUUAUGUUGGAAACAUGAACUUUCACCAUAAACCUCUUCGACAUGGAAAAUGGGCAGUGACUUACGAGGAAUGGCCAGAAGAAGAUUACCCAACGUACGCAAAUGGGCCGGGUUACAUUCUGUCAUCGGACAUUGCAGAGUAUAUCGUAUCCGAGUUUGAGAAGCACAGAUUAAGGUUGUUCAAGAUGGAAGAUGUGAGCAUGGGAAUGUGGGUGGAGCAGUUCAACAGUACGAAACCAGUUGUAUAUCAUCACAGUCUAAGGUUUUGCCAGUUCGGGUGCAUUGAAGAUUACUUAACUUCUCAUUACCAGUCUCCUAGACAGAUGGUGUGCUUGUGGGAGAAGUUGGUGCAUCAAAGAAGGCCACAGUGCUGCAACAUGAGAUGAUUCAUAUUUAUCCAAAUUUGAGCACAAGAAGAAGAAGAAGAAGAAGAAGAAGAAGAAGAAGAAGAAGAAGAUCUUCAAGUUUUGGUUCAAAUCUGUAAAUAGUAUAUAAUACAAGUGGGAGGGAUAAAUCUAAUCUGGAAGCUUCCUUUUCUAUAAAUUCUUUCAUUUUUUGGCUUUCUUCCUUUUGGUUUUACUUCCGGUUUAUGUUAUAUCCCAUUUAUGCUAUAAAUGGAUUUAUCAUCUCAAUUAUCAAUCUCGUUGUUGGGCUCCACUUAGUAGUGAUUUUAGA